GCGCGAUGCGGUUCCCCACUCACGUCUCUGUUUACGCACGCUCCCGGCGGGCAAUUAUCAGCUCUCGACCAAUCAGAACCGCCGGUUCAAAACGACGCCGCUCAGUGACCGCCAUUGGGACGCCAAAUUUGUCUAUUUUGUGCCGGAGUGUUGCUGGGGUUGUGUUUGUUUGCGAGGGCUUUUUAAAGAUGCCAAGGUCUCGAACUCCAUCAAGAAGCAGGCAAGCGCGGGGCUCUCGGUCGCGGAGUCGCGGCCGGAAGUCGCCGGCGCGCGCCAGUCGGUCGCCGGGUCGUGUCGGAGGGGCCAGCCGGUCGCCGGCGCGCGUCAGCAAGUCGCCGGCGCGUGCCAGCGCGCCGGCCAGCCGCUCCAGCCAGUCGCCACCGACCAGACAGCGCGUCACGCGCUCCCGGUCCCCGGCGCGCGUGGCCGCGGCGGCGCAGAAAGCGGUGCCGAACUCCGUAACACCCCCGCCGGCUGAGAGCGCCGCUCCGUCGGCCGAGCUGCUCACAUCCACCCCGAAGUCUGAGGUGCGCGCCCGGCGGCCGCUGACCCGCACCGCACCGGUACCCGUCGAGGUCGCCAGUCCCCCUCCAGUCAACAACGCCAACAGCAACUCGAAGCCGGCGCCGGAGGAGGAGGAGAAGGAGAAGGCGCCCGAGCCGUCUCCGUCGGGUGUGACCACCCGCCACUCGGCCCGCAUCGCCAACAAGCUCAGAGAGCUGGGCAUUGACCCGGCCGCCGGCGGGGACACUGCCCGCGAGCCGUCCCCCGCCGCUGCCGAGGAGGAUCUGAAGCCCAAACGGGACACGCACGUGGGCUGGGGCCGCGCGCUGCUCACUCCCAUGGUGCUGGGCAUCGCGCUGCUGCCGCUCUACGUCUACUCAGCCUGUAACAAGAAGCACUGUUCGAUCCGCCGCGUGCCAGAGGUGCCGACCGCGCUGAAGGCCUGGUUCGACCCGGUGGCGUUCGCGUGCGUUCUCGGCUUCCUGGCCGUGCAAGUGGCGAUUUCUCUGCUGCCCGUGGGCCGCGAGGUGGAGGGCCAGAUCUCCAAACAGGGCAUCCGACGCUACCGCUGCAACGGUUUCCUGUCGCUCGUUCUGACUGUCGGCGGCGUCGUGCUGGCCUACUACCUGGACGCGCCGGUGAUGAUCGCUCUCCUCAAACUGCGCCUGCUGAUGGUGGCCAGCGCGGUGACCGCCCUGCUGCUGGCUCCGCUGCUCCACUGGCGCGCCCGCUCGGCUCACCUGCUCGACCUGAACUCCGCCGGUGACACUGACUCCCUCCUGGUGAACGUGUCUGAGGGCCGCGAGCUGGCGCCGCGCCUGCUGGGGCUGGACGUGAAGCUGCUGAUGACGCGCGCCUGCUGCGUGGCCGCCGUGCUGCUGUCCGUGCUGUUCGUGCUGGCUGAGCGCGGCCUGAAGGGAGAGAGCUCCCCCACCCUGGUGACGGCGGCAGUGAUGGUAGCCGCCAUCGGAGUCGAUCACAUGUGGUUUGAGGAUACCUUGCUGACCACCUACACGUUCAUGAAUGAAGGAUUUGGACUGAAGAAGCUGCUGGGAGCCAUGGUGAUGCCGUUCUCCAUGACGUUCAACCUGCGCUUCAUCAUGGUCACAGGCGUGUCCCACCCCUGGUACGCCCUGGUGGGCUGUGUGAUGAUCUACCUGGUGGGCUACCUGAUCCAGCGCUCAGCCAACUCUCAGAAGAACGAGUUCCGCAAGAACCCGGUCAACCCGGCCCUGGCGCAUCUGGAGACUAUUCCGACGACGAAGGGGAAGAAGCUGCUGGUGUCGGGCUGGUGGGGUGUGGUGCGCCACCCCAACCACCUCGGCGGACUUCUCAUGAUCGUCGCCAUGUCGCUGCUCCUCGGGUUCCACCACGCGCUGGGCUGGGUGCUGCCCGCCUGUGCCGCCCUCGGCGUGGUCAUGCAGGCGCGCAAGGUGGACGCCUUCUGUCAGCAAAAGUACGGCGCUGCCUGGGAGCGGUACGCGGCACGUGUCCGCUACCGUCUCAUCCCCUCUGUGUUCUGAGCGCCACACGGGGCGCCACGUGGGCCGAGCGGGCACGUCCGCCCGGCCAGACACGUGGGAGGCGGAGAAGACGCACAUGAGGAUCUUGCCAGCUCAACUUCAUCGCGUUGGAGAGUUUAGUGACACCGGUACAAUUACAGCGACUCAGCUGCACAUUUGUGCAGGGACUGGUUGCUGGUAGUUGCCGAGCGGAGUGGACGUGUUCCUCCCUGUAGAGGCGGUGGACGGCGCUACGGCGCGCGCGUCGGCCUGAUGGCAGGGCGCUGGGAUCUGCCGAGUGUUUUGUGGGAGGGUAGAGGGCGCCUGGAGUCGUGGUGCCACUGCCGCAGGUUUUUGGGGUGGGGGCUGAGGAUAUACCAAAUUGAAUGACGGUCCCUAUUGGGGCUGUCCUCUGGUGUUUGCAUGGCCAGAGAAAGCCACGGAGUUAUAAAGCCCCAUCCUGCUCUGGUGAUCAUAUUUUUGGCGGGCCUUUUUGGCUGCUACACAUUACCUCAACAUUCACAUACAAUUCAGUCAUGUUUUCCACCAGCCAGUGAUCGAUCCAUAAUUGAAAUUCGCCCAGUAUUGACACCCCGUCCGCGUAGCGCGGGCGGGAGGGACACUAGUUAGACGACCGUUAGAGUGUGUGUUGUGUGGUUCAUCCAUCCCCUGUACAUACUCAUCGGCGUGCGAGUGUGAGUGUGAAUAGCUGGCCCCGGUGCCAGGCUAGGGCAGUGAGACCAUCGUCACCGGGAAUGGUAGGCCUUAGGAUCUCACCGGGGGAGUCCGAGAUUGCCGGGUGGGUGCGACUCGUCAGGGCCGGCCCGUUUAUUUUAGUUCGUAGUUGUGUUGCGUCGGCUGCCGUCGCGGUUUCGGUUUAAGUGUUGGCAUGCAGGCUCGAAUCGGUUUUCAUGCACUUGCGGUGGCUCGCUCUCUCGCUCACUCUUGUUUCAUAAUUUUUAAUGGUUUUCUGUAUGGUUGGUAAUUGGUAAAGUUCUCUGAAGCGAAUUUGAGGUCCUGGCUUUUCAGAACAACUGCGUUUUAUGCGGGCUCUUUGCCGGCCUUCGAACAAACGUAUCACCCGUUCAUGGCUGCUUGCGUUUCUGAGUCGUUUUACCCUGAUUCAAUCCGGUGGCGGGCCGGUCAUGGAUGCAGGUUUCGCAGCUGUCGUGUCAUUUUGGAAACGGUUUGUCGACAAUAAACGUAUGGUUCGCGUCCGAGA